UGAAGAUAAUAAAAUCACAAUGGAGUACAAGGAUGAGAAUUGCGCUAAAAACGCUAACGACUGCCGGCCAAUGAAAAGUAUCCAUAAUGAAGUGGCAUAUAUUCAAAAGAAAGUUUCAGCCUUACAGAUUGGUCCAAAUCAACACAAAAAAGUUCUAUCCAAAUCAGCAAAAAAGAGACUUCGCAAAAAACGUUUAAAUAACAUAAAUGUGGGACUUGAUUCAGUAUUGAACGCCGCCAUUUCUAUGAAUACUACUGUUAUCGAUAGAGUCCAAAAAACCUCAACGCAUAAGAUACAUAAGAAUAUUAGUAAAUCAGUUUCUCACUCUAGCAUGAAGGAGCCAGCAGUUACCAAUAAAACAAAUCCAAGAGUUUUUGACACAAAAAAACGCACACCCAAUGUUGAACCAACAAGUAGAAAGCCUUCUGAAAAACUGAAAACGGGAAAAGACAAAUUCCGCGAACAAAGGGGCUCGAAUAUAAUUAAUGGCGGACGCAAAACGCAUAAAUGUGUGAUGGCAACGGAACCUAACAAUAAAACGGUAUAUUCGUUCGUAGUAAAAGGUAGCUUGAAUGCACUACCAACGGAGCAUAUAAUUCGGUUGUUAAAACUUCAGAAUUUUGCAACGCACCAAUGGACAGUAAGACAAAGGAAGGAAAUCUGUGCUGAAAAGAGUGUUAUCACCGUUAGCUUAGAUCCAGAAAGUGAAAACUUGUUGAAAAUUAAGAAUUUUAAAGUUUUACUGCUUAAAACCACAGUUACAUUCAAAGCGAAAGGAAGGAAUUUCCUUAGUAAAUCUUCAAAUUCAAUUCAGCAGGCUACCGACGAAAGGGAGAUAUAUUUGUCUCGAACUAAAUUAAUUCCAUCAAGUCAGUUGGAGGCCAAGCCAUUCAGUUGGUUGGGGAAGUGGCGGACAUUCACUACAGUCCUGAACAAAUUGAAUUAGUCGAUGUAGAGUAUCACCAAUUAAUACAAGGGCUUCCAGUUGGUCUUGCGUGAAGAAUGGCAAACAUGACUGCUCAGUCAAUUCGAAUUUGGCCACAUUCGAAGCUUAUGAAAUAAUCUACUUGUGGACCGAACAUUUGACGAGUGCAUCAUGUAGCUCUUUGCAGGCUGCUACGAUCAUCGUAUAUACGCACGAAACACAUAAGGAUUACACCAUGAAGGUAUUGCCGCAUACGAACAAAUCAGAUUCAAUCAAUCAGAUUCAAUCAAAUUCUGUGUUGUAUGUCGCCGACUAAGGCCAAUCUAUACAAGGUGGUGUUGUUUCUUCAGCUGAUAGGUGCCCGAUUGCCAAAUUAAGUUGGCUGAAGGGCGUACUGCACGGAUAUGAAAAUCUAUAUAAAUACAGACAACAAAUUCAGCUGCCGGUAAAAUGCGUUGCCGCAACAGACUCUUUUUUGCGGGCCUAUAAGACUUGCCAUGAAAACACUCGCGGAAGAGGGCAACAAUUAACGGGCAUACGUCUCUUACACGCAACCUGCGCAGAGUUAAAAGUCGAACUCAAAUUA